AUGGGCUUAUUAUCGCGAGUGAGCGGUUAUUAUGGAUCGGUAAUCGUGAUCAUUCUUGGGAUGAUCCUGGCAGUGCGCUCAGCGAGGCUUAGGCGAAAACUUCCGCCUGGUCCAAGAGCUCUUCCUCUCAUAGGAAAUCUAUUGGAUCUCCCACGCAACCACGAAUGGUUGACGUACGUUGAGUGGGGGAGAAAAUUCAAUUCCGAUAUCGUUCACUUCGAAUUCGCCGGUACCACGACCAUAAUCUUGAACUCCUAUGAGGCCAUUAACGACCUUUUGGAAAAGCGGUCAAACAUAUAUUCAAGCAGGCCGAAAUGGACGAUGUUGAAUGAGGUGAUUGGAUGGGGUUGGAUACUUAUCACAAUGCCCUAUGGGAAGUCGUGGAAUACCCGCCGAAAACUCGUUCAUCAAGAAUUCAACCCCAAGCAAUCAGAACGAUAUGAACCGCAAACAGUCAAGGCAGUCAGGAAUCUACUGGUUGACCUUCUUCGUGAACCCGACAACUUUUACCAUCUUCUUCGACACAUGGCCGGUUCUUUAAUUCUCUCUAUAACCUAUGGCAUCACCAUUAAACCGGCCGAAAUCGGUGACCCCGCGAUAGACACAGCUGAUCGAGCACUUGAGGGUUUCGUGGCUGCUGCUAUCCCGGGGUCAUUCCUAGUCGACUACCUUCCGACUCUCAAAUACCUACCUUCAUGGUUUCCUGGGGCAUCUUUCAAACUCAAAGGAAGAGAAUGGGGGAAGGAUGCCGAUAAGAUGUUGAACGAGCCGUUUGAUAUUGUCAAGGAGCAGAUUGUUAACGGAUCAAUCAAGCCCUGUUUUGUCUCUUACUGUUUAGAGAGGAAGAAUACCGAUGAUGCGGAUGAAACAGUUGUACGGGAAUCUGCUGGUGCUAUGUAUCUUGCUGGCACCGACACGACCGUCUGUGCCCUUCAUAUAUUCAUCCUCGCCAUGGUGUGCUACCCCGAAGCCCAGAGAUUAGCUCAAGAAGAACUGGACAGGGUUGUCGGCCCAGACAGGCUACCGGAUUUGAAGGAUCGCGAUGACUUGCCAUACAUUACAGCUAUUCUGAGAUCAUGCGCUGGCAACCAGUCAAUCCACUUGCUUUAG